AUGGCGAAUCGCCCCGUCGCCCUCGCCGGCUACGAUGCGACGUCGGCCUACGACUCGACCACCGACCAGAGCACCUUUCCGCCGCCCAACCCAAAGGGCGACCUCACCGGCCUCGACACCGAACCCAGCAUCCAGCUCAAUCUACCACCUGCCCCUGCCCUCUCCCACGUCACCCAGAGGAGGAAGCCCAGCCUGGCACGCAGGGCUACCGCCGGAGCGUCCGACCUGCCCGACCCAUCAGCCCGAGCGGCCGGCGACGAUGCGGCGCUGCAGACACCCGCCCAGCCCCGCGUGUCGGCCGCCGGCGCCGCCGGACCCUCGCGCAACGCGGUCAGCGCCAGGGAACCCCCAUCGACGCAGCGCAAAGAGGAUCCGAGGCGGAGGUACGGCGUCAGGAUCGCCGACGACGACACGCUCGAUGACGUCGAAGACAGCCUCGAGGCCAGCGGCGAGGCCGAGCUACGAAAGAUGCAGGCCGAUCUGUCCGAGGGCAUCGACUCGAUGGUCGCCUCGCCCCACAACAGCAACAACAACAACAACAACGACUCGGGCCAGUGGGGCUCGCGCGCCAUGCGUAGGAGGUCGGCCGCGGGAGUCUCGAUGAAGUCGGCCCAGGAAAAGAUCAACGGCCUCACCCAGGAGCGCGACGAGCUCAAGAUUGUCGUCGACCUGCUCCGCGAAAAGGUCUCGCUCGACGACCGCCUGGCCGAGCUCAUUGUGCUCAAAAAGGAGAAGCUGGCCUACACCAACAAGAUGAUCGCCCAGCAGGCCAUGCUCAAGCAGCAGGACCGCGCCAUCAAGCUGCUCCACAAGGAGCAGCAAGCGUGGAACGGCCGCGACCCGGUGCAGGUCGAGCAGCAGAUCGCCGAGCUCGAGGCGCAGCUGCGCGCGGCCAACACGAGGGCCGAGGACGAGAGGCGCGACCGCAUCCGAGCCGAAGAGGAGCUCGACUUUAUCAAGCGACGCGGCGAUCACACUCACGGCGACGCAUCCGCCAGCAGGGGCAUGGGCGGUGGCGGCGGCGGCGGCGGCGGCGGGGAGGCCGCGCGGCUGAGGGACGAGCUCGAUGCGCUCAAGGAGGACCACGCCGACGAGAAGUACGAGCUGCGGCGCGAGCGGGACGCCGCAUACGAAGAGGCCGACGCGAUGCGGGCCGAGCUGGAGCGGCUGCGCGGCCAGUCGGGCGGCGCGGGUGGCGGCGCCGACGACAGCCGCGCCUCGCAGCGGGAGCGGGGCUUCCACCGCGAAAUUGACGAGCUCGAGCAGCAGCUGACGGCGCAGCGGGCGCAGAAUGAAAAGAUGCAGGAGCGGCAGGCGCAGCUGCACGCCGAGAUCGAGGCGCACAAGGACGAGGUCUACGAGCUGCGCUCGUCGGAGGAGGCGCUGCAGCGCGAACUCGAGGUGGCAAAGCAGAGCCUCGAACAUGCCAACAUGACACAGGAGGACGACCUGAUCCGCUUCCAAGAGGCCGAGCAGAUGGCCGCCGAACGCUAUCAGGAGCAAAUCGACAAGCUGCGCGACUCGCUCACCGCCGCCCAGCUGCAGAUCGACGAAAAAGAGGCCGAGUCCGAGAAGCUCGAGCAGGAGCUGCAAGAGCAGGUCGCCAAGGUCGCCGACCUCGAGUACGAGCUGCGCCAGGCCGAGACGCUCCUUGACGAGCAGAAAGCUCAAAUCGAAGGCGUCGAGGCCGAGGCCGACGAGCUCGAUCGCCAGCUACAGGUCUACCGGGAAGAGGCGGAUACCUUCAAGGCUGAGCUCGACCUCGCUGCCAAGGAGCUCGAGACCAAGGACGCCGAACUCGCCGAGACCAACAAAGAGAUGCAGGAGCUGUCCAACCGCAACAUGGCCCUCGAGGAGGGGCUCGAGGCGCGCGGCGAAGAGAUCAAGCGGCUGGACGAGGAGCUCGUCAAGGUCGAGGACGCGCUUCAGCAGGCCAACGAGAAGCACGACCGGCACGCGGGCGUGCUCAAGGAGAAGCUGGCCAACAGCGGGCUCGAGCUGAGCGAGGCGCAGAGCCAGCUCGAGGCGGCGCUCAACGAGGUCGACGCGGCGCGCGACGAGGCCGACGCCUACGCCAGGGACGUCGAGGAGCUGACCAACGAAAAGGCGCGCCUCGAGGAGCUCGUCCACAAGCUCGACUCCAAGAUCUCCGACGUCGUCGAGGACCUCAAGGCCGAGGAGAGGGCGCUCGACGAUGCCAACGCCGAGUGGGAGCGCAAGCUCGACUCGGCCGAGGAGCGCCUCAACCGCAUCAUCGACGAAAAGGAGGAGAACCUGGCGUCGCUCGAGCAGGAGCUGGGCCAGCUCGAAAGGGACCUGGCGACGAGCAAACAAGACGUCCAGAACCUCCAGGAUGCGCUGCGGGCCAAGGAAAACGAGAGCUUCCGCAUGGGACAGAGCCAGGCCAACGACAAGUACUCGCUCGAGCUCGAGAUCGACCGGCUCAAGCGCGACCUGGCGCGGUGCGAGGCGGACCUCGAGCGGGCGCGCAAGGAGAUCGACCGCAAGGACGACGCGCUGCGCGAGAAGGAGGACGCGCUGGCCCGGCUGCAAGACGAGCAGCGAGAGCUGGCGGGAAAGCUGGCCUCGGAGACGCAGGGGCGGAUGGGCCUCAACGAGCGCUUCGAGGCGCAGCAGCGCACGCUGGCCGACGAGCGCAAGGAGCUCGACGCCGCGCGCGCCCGCGUCGAGGAGCUGGAGCGCGAGCUCAACGACGGCGAGCGCGCCACGCUGCAGUCGGAGCAGGACACCAAAAACGCCCUGACGGAGCGCAACACGCUGCUCCUCACCAUCUACCAGUACAUGGGCAAGAUCCUCGUCGGCAGCGAGAGCACCUCGACACCGCGCAAGAAGGAGGCCGACGUCAAGCCCUUUACCAACUUUGAGGUGUUCCACAACAGCCUCAUUGCGCGGCUGCGCAAGAUCUCCGACAUCCAGCUCAGCUUUGAGCAGCGCGCCAAGGACCUCGAAGGCAAGCUGAUGGAGAAGUUUACCGCUCUGAAGCGGCAGCAGGACUCUCGAUUCAGGCAGAUUGACCGGUUCGAGGUGUCGAUCAAGAAUGCGACGGACAAGCAGCUGCAGUGGCGGCAGCGUGUGGUGUCCAAGCAGAGCGAGGUCGACGCGGUCAAGGCGACGAAUGCCGAGCUGCAGCAGCAGCUGUCGUCGCUGCGGACGCGCGCCUCGCUGUCGACGCCGGGCGACAACUCGAAGCUGACUGCGCUCACGACGCGGGCCAACAAUGCCGAGCGGCGGCUGCACGCCGCGCAGAACCAGGCGACGCAGGCCGAGGAGCGGCUGGCCGAGGCCAAGAUCAAGUACGGCGAGGGCGAGGGCAAGUGGGCGGCGCGGAUCAAGGAGCUCGAGCUGCGCGUCAAGGCGGCCGAGGAGCGCGUCAAGCGCGAGCGCCAGGGCGCAAAGGAGCGCGUAUCGGAGCUCACCGAGCAGAUGCGGCGGCUCGAGAGGGAGCUGCAGGGAGCGCACAAGAGGAACAAGCAGCUCGGCGAGAUCCAAGACGCCGUCGAGCACAUCCAGUAG